GGUUAGCAUUCGAUGCUAACAUGUUUAGGCCUGUUAAUUUUAAAGUAGAUUGGCGUGUAUAAACAAUGAUUAUAUCAUUGUCAUGGUGUCUCACAGACAGAAACGCGUGUGGAAGUAUGUCGAGGAGGGUCGCUUGUUAAAACUUAAGUCGUACCUCCAGAAGAACCUGGACUUGGAUGUAAAUUUCUCCCGAGGAAAGAGAGACAGGAGCCCGUUGCAGCUGGCCUGCCGCCUGGGAGACGACGCUUCAUUGCGAUUGUUGCUCGAGCGAGGUGCCGAUGUUCUUUACAAAGACCGAAAAGGAGAUACGGCGCUGCACAUAGCUGCUAAUAGGGCACUGAAACACGGCGUCUCUGCCUAUCACGACUUGGUUGUGCCUCUGUGGAAGAACUGUCCAGAAGCCAUGUACACGGCAAACUCAGCUGGUGUCUCUCCUGAGGACCUUCUUAAAUGGAUGAAACAAUCUGGGAGUCGAGCAAACACCAGUCGUUCUCCUGAGGUUGACCCAGAGAAAGAAUGGAUGGAAAAGCUGUUUGGUGAAUGCGAGGAUGAAUUCUGUGAAACAUUUGGAGUUUAUGAUGAUGAUGACUUCCUACCACUGGAUGACGACGAGGAGGAUUUUGGCGAUUGGGCCGAUCGGAUCAGACAGGAGUAUUUUGCUAAGAAGAAUGCAGAAGCUCAAAGACUGGCAGCCUCAUUUUCAGGGUGGAGGAAGGGGAAGACCAAACAGGAGCGAGAGCAGGCGCAGCAGAGCAACAAGGAGCUGCAUGAACGUCUCCGUAAAGAACAUGAAGAAUAUCUGGCGCGAGCUGCACGUAAGGAGGAAGAGACUCGUAUGGGAAAGAAGCGCAGGUAUGAUGAACAGUGUGCAGCCACCUUCCAGGGAGCGUCCUCCGCUGGCGCCACAAAGCUGAGCUACAGUGACAUCCCAUGGCCGGCACCGCUUGGUACAGUUCAGGAGAUGGUGGAUGUGAUGCUGCAUGGUGUGGACCGCAAGGACGUGCCUGUGUUCCGUAAGAUGCUGCGCAAGCAGCAGACGCUGUGGCACCCGGAUAAGUUUGCUCAGAGGUGUGAAGCUCGGCUGGAGGAGAAGGAUAAGCAGAAGAUCCUCGACACGGUCACGGCUCUGUCUCAGGAACUCAACAGACUGGCUCAGACUCUCAGGACUUGAUUCCUUCAUGUGGGAGAACUUUUUUGAAAAUGUUAUUUAUUAUUUGUCAUUGAAUUUCUGUGGUACCCAUGCUUGCAAUUGAAUUCAUAAAAGUCUCAAUAAAAAUGUUAA